CUGCACUAUCACAACCACGACGCCGCUUAUAAAUGAAGACACAAGGGUUUACAUGUUAAUCUGCCACAAAUUAUGCGAUUCUGUUAAUUGUACAAUAGAGGACUCGUUCCAUUUUGCUUCAUCGCUACAUUUGUUUUCAUUUUCAUACCUCGCAGCAUGCAUCCAUGGCAUUCAUUCUGCAGGCGAGCCGAAGAAAAAUAUACAAUACAAGUAGCGAGUCAUUACACACGGAAUGAAAAAACGGAAUGAAACGUUUCUAAAAGAAAAGGAAACGUGGCCAGGUCGCGUGGAGCGUAACGGGACGCGGCCCGCGUGCAGCUGCUGGGAGGAGGCGCUGCCGGAGCCGGAAGAGUUGAAGCGAUGAUGAUGAUGAUGGACAAACCGGGAUUGAGAUGAGAAACGUAAGGUUAUUUCUGCCGAAGUGAGCGCUUCCUCGUGGCAGUUGUCCGUCUCGUCGGUGGGAAAACGAGAAGAGGAUAUUUUUUUCUCCAUUGUGUAGCUGGGCCGACGGGAGCUACAUGGUGUGCGUUUCCCACCCUGAGUGCGGAUGUGUGGGUGUCCAGAGAUGGAAAGCUACGAGGACUUCUGCCUGCGGACUUUGGCUGCGCUGCAGGAUGGCGAAUUAAAGAAGGCGACAUGUGAGCCGCUGCUGUCUUCCCUGAAGGCCCUCUCUGUCAUCCACUUUCACGGAAGGGCCGUGCUUUCACCUCUGUUGAGUGCGGAGCAGCGGAGCGAGAUGUGCGUCUACAGGCAGAGGGCGGUCCAGCUGGAGUUGGACAGACAGAAGCGGCAGAGAAACAGGCUUUUGGCGCGGGUCCAGGACAUACUGGACCAAACCCAGGUACAGAAAGUGCAGAGUGAAGAGGCUGACAAGCUGCCAGUUUCCAAAUGUGCGACAGUCAGUGGCUACACCCUGGUCACUGAUUCUCCCGGGCUUCCCAGAGACUCUGGAUUCGGGCUUGAGACGAGUGAUCGACCUGUCACUCCGCGCUCCGAGACCCCCGUCCUUAACGGUUACGUGGCGGCGGAAGCAGCGAGGGCGGAGAGCCAUGAGAGGAGCGAGGAGGAAGAGGAAGAAGAUGAGGAAGAUGACAUUAGUCUGGACAGCCUUCUCAAGAGAUCAAGGGAGUAUGUGAAGCGAGAACAGAAUCAGCAGGGAUCAAAAGUCGCCCACGCAAUCGCCCGGACUCCCGAAUCCGAGGCCGUCGAGGAAGAGGAGAGCUGCAGCCCCGCGGGGGACGCUGGCGUCGAGUUUGGAUUCAGUCUGCACCACAGCCCCGUUGGACCACCUCCGAUUAAGCAUCAAGCUCUGUACGACCCUCAAAAGCCUGCCCGCCUCUCGCCCGGUCUGCCGGAGCAGCGCGUUUGUCUGCCCAGUCCGGAGCCUAGCGUCGUCCGCCGUCCACAGAGACGCCACAGGCCGCGCCCGGUUUCCACAGGGAACAUCCAUAUAUCAUUUCCCAUCGGCCCGUCGGACCUUAUCCCCCGAAGCCCGGGAAGGUCGGGGGAAGGUGUGGGCGUGGCGGAUUGGGCAGAAGCUCUCUCACAAGCUCACGUGUCCGCGGAUCACUGGGGUUCACCGAUGGGUGAAGGCGGGCCCGGCGGUAGCGCGAGCGGCAGUCGUCGAUCCAGCCACUGCGGCACCAGUCCGCUGCAGGAGACCUGCAGCCCCGUUAGCGCGUCGGUCCCCAGCCCGAUAGGACACCGUGACCAUCUGGCGACAGGUUUUCGCAGGCGCUGCCAUACCUUGGACAGCCAGCCUCAGACCUACCACGCUGGAGCUGAGCACAUAGACCGCAGCCAGGAACGGGUCCCCCGCUUCAUGGCCGGCGUCACGUGGCUGGGCCCGAGUCGCCGCACCGCCGCAGCUCCCUUGAACCAAUCUUACGAGGUGGAGGCUCCCUCGCCGUCUCUGCUGAAGCCCAGAGCGACUCCGGACUUGGCUCAGGUCAAACUCAGGAUGGAGCCCGAUGAACCAAACAAUGGCAGGAAAACACCGGCUGUCCUCAGAAAUACAGCCGAGACACAGGCCACCAUGACAGAUGAGACCCAGUGGCGAGCGCAGACUCUGGAGGACAUGCAGAGAUGCCUGGAGCAGGAGCACGCCUUGCAAAUGUCGUUGCUCCUCGCUGAGCAGGAGAAGGAACAACAGCGCCUCCGUCUGGAGCUUGAGGAGACAGAGAGAAGACUGAAGGAGCAGGGCUGUGUGCGUCCUCUAAGUGGAGAUGCUGGUAAAUGGAAUCGCAGGUCUGUGAAUGACAUCUGCCCCGUCAUGAGCCCCUCCUGCCCGGGUCUAAGCCCGAGCCACACGCCACCCGACAAAUCUCCUGGACACAGUAUAGCUUUUCCUGGUCCAGUCCCUUGUACUGUUUCUUCUACCUCUGUCCAACCUCCGGUUUAUCUGUGGGGCUCCACUUGGGCAGCUAGCAAACCGCAGGCAAGGCUAAGCCUGGUUCUGACCACUGAGCAGCAAAGAGGCUUCUGUCGCAUUGGCGCCAUCAUUCGCGGUUUCCUUACGCGAAGGCUGCUCAAAACAGAGAAGAUCAAACACCUGCGCCAAACCAUCGUGGAUACGCAGGAGUUCAUCCGUUCGCUUCAGACUGAAGCUCCACAAAAAAGAGGCACCUACUCAGCACAAGAUCUCUCUCUGCAGGAGAGAGUUAAAGCCCAGCUACGUUCGGCCCUUUAUGACAUCCACGACAUCUUCUUUGAAUUGCCACUCGGGGAUCGACUGGCGUUGCUGGAGCAGGACAGGGAGCUCCGCGCAGAGAGGAAGCUACGAGACAUGGAGAAAACCAAGUCCCAUAAAGAGAGAGUGGGUCUCUCUGCCGCCACACAGAGGUCUCUGGACAGGAAAAAGAGGGUCGGUGAAUCACCAGCGCAGGCCAGGAAAAUGUCACAGAAACCAAAGAGCCCCACUACCAACAGAGUCCUGAAGCCAAGUCAAGGCCAAAAUUCUCCUGUCUCCGGCCAGCUGAACCGCCAGGGGAGCUGGUACAAAAAGACCCCGGAGGAGAGGGUGCGGCGGUCGGACAGCCUGAAGAAGCAGCACUCUCUGGGUUAGCGCGUCACACCGCAUCUUCAGACCUGUGAACUUGAAUUUUUAGUCUUAUGUCACAAACCUCGCACCAUGGAAACUUUAGUCGCCGCUGCUAACAAUACGACUGCGUUUAAUGUACUUUAUAGAAUUUAUGAAAAUGACUGUAUCCACUGCAACACUUUAUGCCAUGUUUGUACGUCAUCACAACACUGUUGGUUUUGACUGUAAGUAUUUAAUGCAGAACCUUGAAUGCAAACUAGAAGAAGAUUAGAGCUUUAUGGACAUUAGUUAACGUCGUUAUCCGUGCCUAUAAGAACUAUGCCUUUGCUAUGUGUCAUAGAUUAGCAUGCAUUUAUUUUCUGUUUGUAAAUGUGAAGUGCUUUUAGCCGUAAGUGAAUUCGCAACCAGCAGGUUCAUGCUGACAGUAUUAUUGUAUUAAACAAUUGUUUUUGGUUUUUUAAAUUGUUUUUCCUCAAGGGCUUUGAGUACCUAUUUGUGCUUAUUUUUAUUCACUGGUGCUGAGUUUAUAGUACUUUGUCUCAAGAUUUGGCUGAAAUCAUUGCCUAAUUGAAAAAAAAAAUAGUCUAAAUGUAUCUGUUUACACUAAGCUGUGAUGUUUGUGGCGUUCAUCUACAGUAGCUUCACACGACAGACCGUUCACAUUAGGAAAUGUUGAGCACCAUAAAAUUACUAGGAGCAAAAAUCAAGUAGCUACACAAGACAUUUAUGUAAACAUGUUAUCUAACCACCUGUUCACCGUAAUGCCACACUGACCUAAUUCAGUAUGUUGAUGUUUUUCACUGUGAGAUUUACUGUGUUCUCUUAACAAAUAUUGUUGUUGUUUUUUUUUUUAAUAAUUUAUUGUCAUGUUUUCUAUGACCAUAAUAAACAUUUGAAACAUUUACAAUGAAA